AUGGAGAUGAUCCUCUCUCUAACAUGGGCUACGAAUCAAGCUAUACAGAACCAAUAUAAACUGGCCGUCGAAUAUGCGGUUAAAUCAUACAAGUUCCACUCGGUGACGGACAAGAGGUCACACAACAACGAGUGUGGAGAGAACAGCGUCACAAUAGUUACCGAAAAGAAGAUAGAAGAUGACUCCUCAGACUCAUCCAGUGGAGAGAAUGUUGAGAUUGAAGAUAAAUCACUCCCGCUAGUUCAGCCCGCGUUGGUAUCAUCCGAAGAAGGCCACGCAGCCCAAUGUUCCUGCCCAAACUGUGAUGAACUGAUCUCACGUUUCUCAGAGUGCAGUAUAUGCUUGGAACCUUUACAAUGCUGUGGACCCUGCGUAUGUCCCUGGUGUGGAGGUGUCUGGUGUGGAAGAUGUUCCCGGCGCAUGUCCAGGUGUGCCUGGUGCAGGGGAGCUCUCAGAUCGCCAGCACUACCCUGUCUGGCGCUGCAGCGACUCAUCAACGAAUUGAUGCUACCGUGUCGGAACUAUAGACGCGGAUGUACAGAGCUCCUCACUGCUGUGACCAGAGUCAAGCAUGAAGAAGACUGCAAAUUCGACACCAUGGUCUGCCCCAUCACAGCCGGCUGCUGCACAGUUCCUUUCGAAGAACUCUCAUCACAUUUACAAAAGACCCACAACAUCAUCGCGGUCUACUCACAGAAGAUCAAGAUUCUCAUAGAAAACUUCCAAACGAAGCUGAAGAAGACAGCGUGUUGCCGAACAAAGUACAAGAUCAUACUGCUGCACCAAAAGAGCGCUUUCAUCAUCAAAGUAUGCAUCUACAACUAUCACGUAAGAGUUGAAGUGAUGAGGAGGAAACUCGGAUACAUCGCUGAUGUAAAGUCAGAAACAAAGAAAAGCGAAUACUGCGCUUUAAUCGAAUUCCAAAGCAAAGCUCUUUGCACAAAAUCAGCUAUUCUCAUAGAAAACGAGGCUUAUGGUAAGAAAGCUGAAGUACAAUGGAACGACGUUGUAAUGAAAUCUGAUACCGAUGAAGCCAUCACAAUCCAUGUAAAUAUCGGUAAAUCGGACGCUGAUCUAAUGAGGAAAGACUAUGCAGAAUCUUGAACCGUAAAUUGAAAAUGUGUUAGUGAUGUUCUCCAAUUUCUAGUGGCUUCGCUUACCGUGGGAAGGGCAAGCGAUGGAGCCAAGAAAAUCGAGUGUAAAACAUCGUGCUCAAUGAAGUAAAGACAAUUUUAAAUAAAUCACAAUAUCAUUCCGAUUAUGUAGAUAUGCAUUUAAAUGUAAAGUAGAAUCAUUUGUAUUUAAUAAUGAUGCGGAUUUUAGAAGUUUGAAUUAAGUUAUGGUGUUGGUGGAAUUCGUGGAUUCAAGUGGUGAAGAUAUUGCCAUGAAUGUGAAAGAUGUAGAAGCAAAACAAAUGCUGUUUUACUGCAAAACAUUUAUGAUAGAUAGUGUUACAGCUGUUAUUUAUUCAAAUAAAGCUCGUGUUAACAUUACUAAUGAGGAUAAAGAAGACAAACUCAUCAUUAUAAGUAAUUAAAUGAUGACUUUGAAUGUUACCUCCAAAAUAUUUUAAAGAUAAUUUGUUUCGUUGGACCAGUCGGAAUCCUUGAGUUUACGAAUCAACACCAAUUGUGACUGAUGUAGCCUUAACAUUAGAAUAAUUUUAAUAUUUAAGCAUACGGAUAUGUAAGAUAAUAAUAUAUUACAUCAGUAAGUUUUUUAAAGCAUGCAUUUUUAUUUCUUAUGCCCCUCAGUAGUAAUUUAUCAGUAUAGCC